UUGUCAAAUGCCGCGUCAAAGUUGAUCUUGACCCAAUCCCCAGAAGGGGGUUCCCGUCUUGCUAUGUCGACCACCCUGUCCAUAGAUCCCAAAGGGUACAACAAAAAAUCCGGCAUUGCGAUGUUGAACUAAUAUUAAAAACCCAGUUCAAAGCCCGUGACCAUCGCACCAAAUCCAUCCAAUAGAGGUCUAUUGUUUAGAUGGGGAUCAUUUGGCCCACGAGAACUGGCCCGAUUUAAAGAACUGUUGGAGAAGCCUGUCAGAUUGAAGCCUGGUUAGCCCGAUAAUGAAGACAUGGCAACUUAGGCUAAUUUGGUAACUAAUCUUAGAAGAUUAAUGGAAUCAUAUCUUGUAAAUAUUAGAUUAGAUUUGAUAUGACAUAUCUUCUAAAUCCCUAAAAUAAAGGGAUAUGGUUAAUCUCGUCCGUCGAUGUAAAUGUAUCUAGACCAUCGGUUUUGAGGGAGCUCCACUAUAAAUAGAGAGCCUCCCCCUUAUUUGUACUCACUCCAUUCAUUGUUUCAUUAUUCUUUGUGAAUAAGAGAAUUGAGAGCAUUUACUCAAACACUUUGCGUGCGCUCUUUCUGUUGUUCUUUGUUGUUCUUCUUUUGGCAUAAAUCGCUUCCGCUCUUCAAUUUGGUGCCUUGGAGGAGUUCUUAAGGAAUCCUCACUUGAGUAAAGGCUGACUUAAGCGAGUUUAAACGAACAAAUCGUUUAAGGCCGCACGGAUCGCGAGAGGAAAGGUCUAGCCCCAUGACAAGUGGUAUCCAAGCCGUAGGUUAGAACCAAGUGAUAUCCGAGUUAUUGGUUCGAAGGCAUCAUUGGGAUGUCGAAAGAAGAGUUCAAACAAAUGUGGACGAGAAAGUUUUUGAGGGAGAUGUUGUCGGCUGUUAAGAAACGCGUGGGUAAACUUGAGGAGUUCAUGGAGGAUGUAAAAGAGUCAGACAAUUCGCUUGGGGAAAGCAUUGAAGACUUAAAGGAGCAGUUCAGGGACUUUGUGACCAUGUGUCUCACUUAUCAAAGGGAUAGCGUGCAGGAGUUGCUAGAUUCCCAAAGGAAGAAGCUGACAAAGAGGAAAGAUUCUCUCAAAGCCAUGGUGAAGGCUUUGAAGGAGGAAACAAUAGCCACGACGAUGGCUUUGAGCACAAGAAUAGAUGAGCUCGAGGGAGAGCUGGCCUUGUGCCGAGCAGCCGUAGGGAAAGGAGUGUCAAGUGCAGCACUCAGUAACGAGGAUGUCCCGAAGUCGAAAGAGUUUGUGGGAACAAGUUGUGCAUGCAAUGUGGACAAUUUCUUGUGGAGGACGGAAAAUUACUUUCGUGCCAAAGGCAUCGUGGAUGAUGCGGUUAAGGUAAACACUGCUUUAAUGUUUCUUACUGAUAUUGCGCUUUUAUGGUGGCGAGGCAGGACCACAGAUAAAAGGCAAGGUGAGAUUGGGAGGUGGCAAGAGUUCCAAUGCGAGUUGAAAGGACAGUUUUACCCAAAAUUUACUGAGGAAGAAGCUCGGGCAAAUUUGCAAGGGAUAACGCAAUGGGGCACAGUGGGGGAGUAUGUUCGAGAGUUCAAUGAACUCAUGCUCCAAGUUUUAAAUGUAACCGAGAAAAAAACAUUGCUUUCUUUUUAAAAUGGAUUGAAGUUGUGGGUCAGACAGGAGGUGGAACAAAGAGGUGUCUAAAAGCUGUCGGAAGCCAUGACGGUAGUUGAGUCCAUGGUCAAGCUUGGUCUAGGGAAAGACAAACUUAGGUCUUCCAAGUUCGAGGAAAGAGGCGUAUGUGAAACGGACCACAAGGAAGAUGUUGAUGGCAAUGGCAACGGCGACAAUAGUGCUAAUGGGAAACCACAAGUUGGGAAGAAGAAACCCAAGAGGAAAAGGGACAGGCAAAAAUGCUUUCUUUGCGAUAAUCCACACAUUUUGAGGAAAUGUCUGAAGAAAUUCGCGCUUAAAGAAAAGCUGGUGGGUAAGGCCUUUGUACUUGGUUCUAGCGCAAGGGGUGUCAAAGGCAAGAAGGCCGAAAAUGAGAAGAAGCCAGUGGAGUGCUUCUUGUGUCAUGGUCCGCAUAGGUUACGGAAGUGUCCGAGAAAGUCUGUUAUCGAAUGGAACAAUGGAGCAGACAAUGAGCCCAAGAAGCUUGGUUUGAGCAAGGGAAAAGCCGAAGCCAAGAGGGUAAAGAGGAGCAAAAAGAAGCGAGUAAAGUGCUUCUUGUGCCGUGGUUCGCAUGAGUUGCGAAACUGUCCAAAGUAAGUUGGAGUUAAAGGAAAGGCAACGUCUGAGCUUGGGGAGUCAUCGGAGGGGCUUCCACCUAAGGAAGAGGUGAGUUUGUCAUCGAACUUAGAAGGGAAAAUUGCGAUGAAAACAACGAAGCUGGGACCAGUGAGACUCAAAUUGAGUGAAGCGUUGGAGUUGGCCGAGUCAUCGACAAGGCUUCCACCUAUGGGAAAUGUGGGUGGUGCAUCGAACUUCAAGGAAAAAAAAGUGAUGCAUGUGGGAUAGUUGACCAGAGUAAAUGCAACGAGUAGGACGACUUGAGUUAAGAAGUGAUGUAAGCUGAGGUAAAAGUCUCGAAAGAAGGGAAAAGCUAAAGCGUCGAGACGAAAUCGAGGCGAAUCAAGUCAGUGCCAUUUGGAAGUCGCAACGAGAGCGUUGCGAGAAUGGGUGGGGGAGAAUGUCAUGGCCGUAGUUCAAAGCCCGUGACCAUCGUACCAAAUGCAUCCAAUGGAGGUCUAUUGUUUAUAUGAGGAUUAUUUGUCCCACGAGUACUGGCCCAAUUCAAAGAAUUAUUGGAGAAACCUGUUAGAUUGAAGUCUGGUUGGCCCGAUAAUGAAGAUAUGACAACUUAGGCUAAUUUGGUAACUAAUCUUAGAAGAUUGAGGGAAUCAUAUCUUGUAAAUAUUAGAUUAGCUUUGAUAUGACAUAUCUUCUAAAUCCCUAAAAUAAAGGGAUAUGGUUAAUCUCGUCCGUCGAUGUAAAUGUAUCUUGACCGUCGGUUUUGGGGAGCUCAACUAUAAAUAGAAAGCCUCCCCCUCAUUUGUACUCACUCCAUUCAUUGUUUCAUUAUUCUUUGUGAAUAAGAGAAUUGAGAGCAUUUAUUCAAACACUUUGCGUGCGCUCUUUCUGUUGUUCUUUGUUGUUCUUCUUUUGGCAUAAAUCGCUUCCGCUCUUUAAUUUGGUGCAUUGGAGGAGUUCUUAAGGAAUCCUCACUUGAGUAAAGGCUGACUUAAGUGAGUUUGGACGAACCGAUCGCCUAAGGCCGCACGGAUCGCGAGACGAAAGGUCUAGCCCCGUGACACUUGCUACAUAAUGUUUUGAAUAUUGAGAAAAAUAUUUUUACUCUUAAUUAAUGUAUUAUUAUUGAUUCUGCAUUUAAAAAAGUUUCUUGAUUUAGGGUCAUUCCAAUUAUCUA